CCAGAAAACAAAAGCUCUCAAAAGUCUACAAGUUCCAUAUACAGCUGAUCUUAGCAUAAGGUUGUUGUUAUUGGGGUUAAAGGGGUAGCAGCUUCGUGCAUCAAAAUUAACUGGGGAAAGGGAGAUUUUAUUUCUUUUGCUCUCACUGAUGUUUCCUCUUUGUGUUGUGCCUUUUCUUAGCUUGCUUGGCUUUCUGAAACCUAUUCAAGACCACAUUCGUGCUGCUUUGGUGGACCAGAUGUGUCUGAGUGUUUCAAACGUGGUUUUGGGACUCAAUGCCAAACUGGGCACCUUGGUUGGUGUGAAUUCCAUCAACCCCAUGUCGAGGUUCCAAUACUCCAUGCUGGACACACCUGAGAUCACCAGCAAUUACAUCGACCUGGACUUAAAUGCAGCUUUUGCACUGAUGGGCAGGCCCUUCGACAUCCCCUCCGGCCCCGAGGUCCCCUUCUCUCUGCCGCCUCCUCGGAAGGAUGACCACGACUCCAUGGUGAACAUGGGCAUCUCGGAGCCCCUGAUCGGCCAAAUGUUUGCCACCUUGAUGAAAUCCGGAGUCCUGAAUUUCAACAUGCGAAACCCUUCGAACCUCAAAGGAUACCUCCUCACCACCUCCAUGCUGGAACCAGCCAUCCCUUCGAUCAGACAACGAUUUCCGAAGGAAGUUGCCCUUGGGCUCAACGUGGUGCUCGGCAAAUUCCCCGUCAUUAGCUUCAAGCAAGGUGCUGCUCUUUUGCGGGUCAGUCUUUCCGUCCAGGUGGUUGUGGACACCGCGAGAUCUAAAUCACAGGCCCAGACCCUUUGCACACUCGGAGUGGACCUGACCCUAGGACUCAAGCUGAAGGUAUCGCGAACCAGCAUUGGCUUCUCGGUUGGCUUGCAAGGAGGGGUUGGUCUGCAGGUAGAUUCUUCCAGCAUGAAAAUCACAAAGAUCAAAAAGAUGAAAGAAAUCAUUGUGUCCAAACUGGAAAAGACCUUCCUGGCUCAUAUGAAUGCCGUCCUGAGUGUCGGGAUUUCCCUUCCCAAGCUGAGCAACCUCCAGUAUGUCGAUCCACAGAUAGAGAUCCAUGAGGGUUAUGCCCAGGUCAACUGCGACCUCGACUAUGUCCCUUAAGCCGAAGAAGGGACACCCAAAUUGGGUUCAUGAAGGACCCGUUUCCUGUUCUUUGGACCUGCAAAUUCUCUGAUGCCGAAUGACGGAAACUCCGCUUUCACCUGCUGCACGAAAAUAGUGGAAAUGCAUCUGUUGCUUUGGUCUGCAAACUGCAAAUAUUGAACUCUUAUGACUUGGAUGAAAGAUCCAUGUGGUUUCAAGUGAGCUUAAAUCCCAAUUGGUUGGGAGCUUUGCUUUCCUCAGUUUUCCCCAUCAAUCAUUGGGCCUCAAUGAAGCCAAAGUAAGGUUUACAGAUUUUUGCGAGACGCUUCGAUCGGAUCAUGUCAACAGCAUGCCAUUCAGCUCUUUUCUUUGCAUUAUUAAAGCACAAUUUCUGGUUUAA